CGACAAUCGUCCUUGAGGCGGUAAAUAUGGGGUAUAGGGGCUUAGGUCAUGGCGGCAUUCUAGAAAAACGAAUGCUCCACAAAUGCUCCAGGAAAAUACAGAAUAGGGCACAAGGAAGAAAGGAGAACCUUUUUAGGCCCUGAGUGUUAUCUAUGCAAUUCACAGCCUCGAAAUUUUGUAACGUAACAUACCUCGUGAACGAUGUUGCUGGAUAUGACGCCUUGAGAUCCACAAAAUAAACAAAGUCUCAUUUCACGAUCUUGAGGACAGACUCUUGUGGUGUGGUGGUCUGAACACGGCAUCAUUUGCUAACCGAUGUAUCAGGUAGGCAUAUCGCCCUUGCGACGAUGUAAGAAAUGAAUGGAGUGGUUCAGCAUGUACUCAGUAUGGACGUACAAAACAGGCAUCUGAAUAUGCCACCUUUUCGCUUUUCAACCCGCACUACUCAUCCACCCAUUCUACCCUAUCAAUCAUUCGCUUAGAUACGGUAAGUAGAUCGUGGAGUAUAUAGUACUCUAUUGAGUUUAUUUGAACUUACCGGGCAGAGCCUCAAACAAUAUACCUCAAUGUCUCGAACCUAUAUCCAACAGAUGGAUUCUCCGGGGUAUUGCCGAAAGAGGAAUACUUUUGUAGGCACGCGAGGGCAACACUGCAAUCCAUUAAAACAGUACCAAUUGCUUUGUUGAACAGGUCAAUUGCAGCUGAUGGGUAUUGGUGGAUUAUCCCCCUCUCGGUUAAAAUAUCAAUAUAUGCAUCCAUCUCGGGUCAUUAUGGCGGUCGUACUGUGUAAAGGGGCUUCUGAUAUUAGCCUAAAGGGCCUUUGGCACAACUCCUGCGGGGUACGGAGUAGUGCCCCUCGUUUAUAUUUGAUCUCCCCGUCCUGUUCAGUUGCGCCCAUCAACUCACACAAUUUGCUACUAUCUCCGAAAGGGUACGAGGUGUCUUCAAUAGGUAGGAUUAAGACAAUUGAUACACCGAAAAUGGCCGAUGAACCAUCAGUUAAAUUCACAUCCUUGGGCGCAAUCAUCCAAGAGCUCAACGUGGAUGGCCAGAACAUCGUCCUGGGAUUCACUAAGAAGGAACUCUACGAGAAAUACAACACCCCUUGGUUUGGCGCAACCAUUGGUCGCGUAGCUAACAGAAUCAAGCAUGCAAAAAUCCAAAAUCUCAACAACCAAGAAUAUGAACUUGAGAAGAACAAUGACCCUAACGCGCUGCAUGGAGGUAGCCGUGGAUGGGGCAGGCGGGACUUUGAGGGCCCUACUUUACUGCAGCGAAACGGGAAAGACACCUUACUUUAUACCUAUACGAGCCCCCAUCUUGACGGAGGAUACCCUGGCACGGUAGAGAUCAAAGUCUUCUAUACGGCAAGCAAAGAGGACAACCGUUCAGUGCUCUCGAUCGAGUAUGAGGUUGAAAUAGUGGGUGAUGAGUGCAACGAGACGAUUGUCAACGUUACCAACCAUAGUUAUUUCAACCUCACUGGCGGCGAGACCAUUGACGGCACCUCAGCUAAGCUCCUUACUCAACACUAUCUGCCGCUCGACAAUACCGGCAUCCCGUUUGGAAGGAUCGACGUACAUCCUAGUAAAGUCACUGAGCCAUUCACGAUCGGGCCGAACAAAGAAGCUUUUGACGAUGUCUUUGUUAUGGAUCGAGAUGUCGCUGGGAUCCCGUUGGAUACGCGUGAGAGACCGCUCCAGCUACUCGCAGAGUUCCACCACCCAGUGUCGCGUAUCAAUCUACAGGUACACAGCACUGAGCCUGCGUUUCAGUUCUAUACAGGCCAAGGAACCAAUGUAGCUGCGGUUGACGGCAACCCAAGUCGAGGCCCGUUUUCCGGCUUCUGCAUCGAGCCCAGCCGAUUUGUCAACGCGAUCAACGAACCGGAUUGGCGACACAUGGUUGUUUUGAAGAAGGGUGACAAGUAUGGAAGCAAGAUCGUGUAUAAGACCUGGAAAGACCCGAAAUGAAUUGCCGGUUCUAGAAUAUUGUCAUGCCACCGAUGUGGAACCGAUUGAAGGAGAUUUUUUUCCCCUCUCUUUCUUUUCCCUCUUUGGCGUUUGCACAACCAUCCGAUUGUCACAUGAUGUGCCGAUUACCCUUAUCACUCUCAAAUGUAUCCGAUGCAUUUAUCAUCAAGUUCCAGUAGUCGUACGCUCCACAGUAAAUAGAUUUUGAGUCGUCAGUGGACGAGGUCUCGGCCUUGAAUCAAGAAAACAAGGGGGUUUGAAUAAAAACCAAUUUUUU